UUUUGUUGUCAUUGUUUCAAGUUUCGUUUUAACCAUUUUAUUUUUUGGGGAAUGUGCAUGACGUCUCCUGUAACAUUAACGCCACUUGUUUCAUAACUGGCGUGUACGUGCUCGGGGAAAUAAACUCUGCAUCCCCCGUUUUAAAAUUAAAUUGCUAGGAACGGCCACACCAGCUGUGCCGGCGGUGCUCGGAAGUGGAAGUUGCCGUUUUGCGAGGGAGUGACCAGAUCGUGAUGUGAUAUUUUCCAUUUCAGUGUGUUUCAUCACGAAAAAGACCGCAACAAAAAAAUUAUAAUAUCCAUAUCAAGAGAGGAUACUUGCUAAGGUUCCCUACGGUAGAAGAUGUCCACCAUGGUUUACCCAAGGGAAGAGAAGCUGGAGAAGCUUUCGCAGGAGGAGAUCAUAUCCAACACCAAGCUGGUGAUCCAGGGCCUGGAGGCCCUGAAGAACGAGCACAACUCCAUCCUUCACAGCCUGCUGGAGACCAUCAAGUGCCUGAAGAAGGAUGAGGAGGCCAACCUGGUCCACGAGAAGUCCAACCUGCUGCGAAAGUCUGUGGAAAUGAUCGAGCUGGGGUUGGGGGAGGCACAGGUGAUGAUGGCCCUGUCCAACCACCUGAACGCGGUGGAGUCGGAGAAGCAGAAGCUGCGGGCGCAGGUGCGCCGGCUGUGCCAAGAGAACCAGUGGCUGCGGGACGAGCUGGCCAACACGCAGCAGAAGCUGCAGAAGAGCGAGCAGAGCGUGGCCCAGCUGGAGGAGGAGAAGAAGCACCUGGAGUUCAUGAACCAGCUCAAGAAGUACGACGAGGACGUGUCCCCCUCGGAGGAGAAAGAUGGGGAACCGCCCAAAGACACUCUAGAUGAUUUAUUCCCCAAUGACGAGGAGGAGCAUGGCCAAGGAAUGCAGCACCAGCACAACAGCGCAGCGGUGGCUGCAGCCCAGCAGGGUGGGUAUGAGAUCCCGGCCCGGCUGCGCACCCUCCACAACCUGGUGAUCCAGUACGCGUCCCAGGGCCGCUACGAGGUGGCCGUGCCGCUCUGCAAGCAGGCCCUGGAGGACCUGGAGAAGACCUCCGGCCACGAUCACCCCGACGUGGCCACCAUGCUCAACAUCCUCGCUCUGGUCUACAGGGAUCAGAACAAAUACAAGGAGGCUGCCCAUCUGCUGAACGAUGCUCUGUCCAUCCGAGAGAAAACUCUGGGCAAAGACCACCCAGCGGUUGCUGCCACACUGAACAACUUGGCUGUGCUGUAUGGGAAGAGGGGAAAGUACAAGGAGGCAGAGCCACUGUGCAAGAGAGCCCUGGAGAUCAGAGAAAAGGUUCUGGGUAAGGACCAUCCUGACGUUGCCAAGCAGUUGAACAACCUGGCGCUAUUGUGCCAGAACCAGGGCAAGUAUGAGGAGGUGGAGUACUACUACUGCCGUGCCCUGGAGAUCUACGAGUGCAGGCUGGGGCCUGACGACCCCAACGUGGCCAAGACCAAGAACAACCUGGCUUCUUGCUUCCUGAAACAGGGGAAGUACAAAGAGGCAGAGAUUCUGUACAAGGAGAUUCUAACCCGCGCCCACGAGAAGGAGUUUGGAUCUGUGGAUGCUGAAAACAAGCCUAUCUGGAUGCACGCGGAGGAGAGGGAGGAAAUGAGCAAAGGCAAGCACAGAGACAACACGCCCUAUGGAGAGUAUGGCGGCUGGUACAAGGCCUGUAAAGUCAACAGCCCCACUGUUAACACCACCCUGCGGAACCUAGGAGCCCUGUACCGCCGCCAGGGUAAGAUGGAGGCAGCAGAGACCCUGGAGGAGUGUGCCAUGAGGUCCCGCAAACAAAGCACCACAGGCAUCGACCCCAUCAACCAGACGCGGGUGGUGGAGAUCCUGAAGGACGGGGAGGCGGAGCGCAGGAGGAGCAGCAGUGUGAAGUAUGAGAGCGGCUCGGAGGCCGGGGAGGAAGCUUAAGCCAUCGAGAUUUCCCUCCACCCCUCUCUCCCUCCCCUACAAAAUAGCAAAUCAAAAAGGAUGUCUUUGCCGUUCCUUCUGGCUUUUUUUCCUCCAAAAAGAAACCUUCCUCUACCAUUCCUGGUGUCUUCAGCAAGACCGUUCCUCAUUGCUACUGGAGACUCUAACAGAGAACCAUUGGGAUGUGUGUUCUCUCCUCUUUCACUGCUGUGCUGUCUCUCACCCCGUGUCACUCACCCUCUCUCUCUCUCUCCCUCUCUCUCCGCCUUUUCUGUCACUUCAGCUGUAUGAAGCGUUGUAUAUAUUUCUCAGUGUGUGUGGUGUUGAAAGGCUUAAGACUGGGCAGGGCGUGGGGGUGGGGAGUGGAGCACCAGGGUUAAGACAGCGCUGAGAUGGUAUCUUCCUGGACCCGCUGCUUCAUCUGCCUCCUCUUCCUACCAGGCUGUGCCCCCGUGACACUAAGACCUAUGGUUGCAGUAGACCUGUGGCAACUUCCAAAAUGACUUUACUGACCUUAAGGAUUAUGGUGUAAUUCGUCAUCCAUGGUCUUUCAUUCAUUAAUCAUUGUAUGGGUAACCAACUUUGAAGGUCACAAUCACUUUCACUGCAUGUAGCUGGUGUGGAUAUAUCAAGGAAAUGACUUUGAGUUGUAAAUAAAAUCUUGGGUGCCUGCUAUCAAUAUUUUUUAAAAAAUAAUUUUUAGUAUAGAUUUGCUGUUUUUUGUUUUUUUUUUUAAUUUGCGUCCUUUAGAAAUGAUAUGCCAUGACAUGUCAUUGGAUACAUUUACAAAGUCAGAACACUGACUAAGCAAUUUAAAAAGUGUGUGCCCUACCACACUUUCACAUAAGGGUCAGUGACACAAAUCUACACUCACACCCAUCUUUCCCUUCAUAUACUGCAAGUUUUUUUUUUUUUUUGAGGACGCACUGUCGGCUUGAAUAUUGUUUCCUCUGGAUUUUUACAUUUGUUUCUUACUUAGUGUUUCUUUUAUAUUUUAUUUGAUCGAGACUUCAUUUUUGUAGUACCUUUCAUUUUUCUUACAUUUUUCAAAACCAAAUAAUGUGCCCUUAUAAUGAUAAAUGUGCCCAGGUUUUCACUUGAAAUUGGAUUAAUAUAUGUAGGUGAAACUCUGCGCAUGUGUGUGUGUGUGCCCAUGCGCGUGCUUGUGUGUGUGUACGCACGUGCAUGUGUCAUUGGGGGGAAAAAAGGCAAUAGUCGUGUUCAUGUAAAAAGAAUAGAUAAACACCACAUUAAACACAGACUAAUUGACAUGUUUCGAGGAUUUUCAGUCUGAGCUGUUGUGUUCAAGUGUCACACCCAAGGCCUUCUGACUGUGCUUUCUGUAUUAAAACAGCCCCUGAGCCACAAACAAUCGUCCCUUUGGUUGGACUUCACUCCUUUUGGUUAGCUUUUAACCUUCAUGUUUACCAGGUACAUCACAGCCAUUAAAAAGGGAACAUGUGACUUGAGGGUGUAACCUACAACAACCAGGGAUUACAGUCUCCAGACAGGUCUCUCUGAAGAACUUGUACUCACAAAUGUCUUCAAAAUGAGAUUUUUAAUGUUAGGUAGUGGGGUAUGGUUAGGACUAAAUAGGGUUUGUCCUGCAGAAAAUUGCCUUUAACAGAUAUGAGGUGGACUCCUUGUCAAAAAAUUGAAUUGCGGUUGUCACAGAUUGGAUGGCCAUGAAAUAGUGAAAUGGGCAGUAAGAUUUGAAAUACUCAACAUUCAACACGCUUCCAAUUGUUAACACUGACUUCAAAGUAUCACCUUGAAUUUAUAUAGUUUAAUGUGGCUGAACAUGUGCCUCUAGUUGGCUUUACUUUGGGCUCUCUCAAACAGUAAAAGAACAAUAUAUUUAUUCUUGGUCAUCAUUUUUAAGUGUUAAAUGAACUGAAUGUAACCAUGUUUAAAUAAUAUGCUUAAGAAUAUGUAUCAUUAUGGGUUUAAGUGUAAGCCGUUUUUUUUUAGGUUAUUGGAUUAUUGUGUCCAAUGAUAUAGUAUUGGAUUACAACACUAAAAAGGAGGGUGUGGAAGCUCUGGGGAACCUGCAGUUCUUUUAGCCAGAUGCAGGUACGUGUAGUCAAAUGCCAAUUAUUUAUUGAACUAGCUAUUAUUAUUAUCAUACUGUAAACUUCAUUUUCAUUAGAGUAAAGAAAUGACAAACUGUAGGCACGAUGUUAGUUCAGUGGUAGCACUCCAUAUAUUUGCUGUUUGGCAUUGUGGUGAAUGUUGAUAUGACACUGUUGAUGUUCUUAAAUAAAGACUUUCAUUGGUGAAGCUCACGGCUGCUUUCUUAAAGAUGUACCAUUAUAAUGUUAAGUUAUUUAAAUACUCAACCACUGGAUUGCUUUAUGAUUGCUUCUUGACAAAAAAAUGAAGAAGAAAAGUUUUUAUUCUUUCUCAGCCGUAGUCCUGGAAGAAAGCUUAAGAAUUCUGUCUAAAAUCUCGGAUGAUUUAGCUUGCUUCAGUCAGCUAAAGCAUGUCCCAAGUGCGGACUGAACCCCACAUCCCAUGUUUGAUCAGCUCUGCUGCACAUCGGCCGACAAUGACCAGAGGGCGACAAAUUGGCUUUGUUCACCAAAUUGGCUUUGUUCCGCUUGGGGGUGGGAAUGGGUAUGUGGGCAGAUCUCCUUUGUCUGUCUGCUACAGCACCUUCUACUGGAUAGUAAGGCUCCUGCACGCAGUUUUGGAAUUAGUCAAAGAAUUAGUGAAAUAUCAAACUGACCCACAUGGUUAUCCCUAGUAUCAUUUCUAUCAGAGGUAAGUUCGUGUACCGUGUCUUUCUGAGCCUGUCUCAGUUUCCCUCUCUGUUGCCAUGGC